GGUUCUUUCUUUUCUCCUAAAAUUUCAGUCUGCGAAGAUGGCAGUCGGAAAAAAUAAAGGUUUGGUCAAAGGUGGCAAAAAGAAUUCCAAAAAGAAGGUUGUCGAUCCUUUCACUCGUAAAGAUUGGUAUGAUGUUAAAGCUCCAUCAAUGUUCGCCACAAGACAAGUUGGCAAAACAUUAGUUAAUCGUACGCAAGGUACAAAAAUCGCUUCUGAUGGAUUAAAAGGUCGCGUGUUUGAAGUAUCACUCGCUGAUUUACAGAAUGAUAACGAUGCUGAAAGAUCUUUCCGCAAAUUCAAACUUGUUGCCGAAGAUGUGCAAGGACGCUUUGUUCUUACUAAUUUCCAUGGAAUGGAUCUUACCACAGACAAAUUGAGAUCGAUGGUAAAGAAAUGGCAAACACUUAUCGAAUGUCAUGUUGAUGUUAAAACAACUGAUGGUUAUUUGCUUCGCGUGUUUUGCAUUGGAUUCACAUCCAAAGACGGUUCUUCACGUCGCAAGACUUGUUACGCACAAACUUCUCAAAUCAAGACCAUUCGUAAGAAAAUGACGGAUAUCAUCAUCCGUGAUAUUUCAAGCUCAGACUUGAAAGAAGUUGUCAACAAAUUGUUGCCUGACUCUAUUGCUAAGGAUAUCGAGAAGUCGUGCCACGGUGUUUAUCCACUGCAUGACGUCUUCAUCCGAAAAGUGAAAGUUUUGAAAAAGCCUCGAUUUGACUUAUCAAAAUUAUUGGAACUCCACGGUGAUGGUGGAAAAUCAUCUGAACCAACAGCAACUGCUGCAGCAGAAGGUGUUCCAGUUGAACGACCAGAAGGAUAUGAACCACCAGUCCAAGCCGCUGUUUAAAUCCAUAAAAAAAAUUCAGCGAACAUUCACGUUUUGUAUUGCAAAUCAACAAAACUGCAAGUUUAAAAAUAAACUAAGAAAAGAAAAAAAAAA